AUGCUGCUGGACAUACUGCCAAAGCAGCUGGAAAGAUUUUCGGUGACUGUAAUUGCAACGGAUUCUGGUUUACCUCCUCUAAGCUCAGAAUGUACAAUAGAUGUCGAAGUUCUGGAUGUAAAUGACAAUCCACCACAUUUCGGCCAGGCUGUGUACAAAGCUGCGGUAAUGGAAAACUUGGAUCCGGGCACCAAGGUUCUGGCGCACGAUCCAGACAGCGAGCAUUUUGGCCGAGUGUCUUAUGAGAUAACCAGUGAUGCGGUUGCAUUCCACAUUGCUGAGGAUGGUUGGAUCACAACCACGGAGAAGCUCGAUCGUGAACUGAAGAGUAGUCAUCGUUUAACCGUAAAAGCGACAGAUGGAGGCACACCGCCGUUGUCGGAUAUCGCUAUUGUGGAAAUUGAGGUGGAGGACCAGAACGAUAACGCGCCUGUUUUCAAACACUGCAAUAUGACUGCUGUCGUACAGGUAUUACUUUUAUAA